UGCGCGCAAAGCCCCGCGGGGCCGAGGGUCUCGUCCACCCAGCGCCUGGACCGUGGGUUGUCGGUGUUUGUUCGGCCUCGGGCGCCUGGCCUCCCGAGAACAGGUCCCUAGAGCCCUGCGUGUCUGCUCCGGCUGGCAGUAGAAGAAGCCUCUCCUGCCUUCCCCUUGUCCAGAAGCAGCAAAGAUGUCCAAUGAGCCGCCCCCUCCUUAUCCUGGAGGCCCCACAGCCCCCCUUCUGGAGGAGAAGAGUGGAGCCCCACCGACCCCAGGCCGCACCUCCCCAGCUGUGAUGCAGCCUCCUCCAGGCAUGUCGAUGCCCCCCGCAGACAUUGGUCCCCCACCCUAUGAGCCACCGGGUCACCCAAUGCCUCAGCCUGGCUUCAUCCCCCCGCAUAUGAAUGCAGAUGGUACCUACAUGCCUCCAGGUUUCUACCCUCCUCCAGGCCCCCACCCACCCAUGGGCUACUAUCCACCAGGGCCCUACCCACCAGGGCCCUACCCUGGCCCUGGGGGCCACACCGCCACAGUCCUAGUUCCCUCAGGGGCUGCCACCACAGUGACAGUACUGCAGGGAGAGAUCUUCGAGGGCGCCCCUGUACAGACAGUGUGUCCCCACUGCCAGCAGGCCAUCACCACCAAGAUCUCCUAUGAGAUUGGCCUGAUGAACUUCGUGCUGGGCUUCUUCUGCUGCUUCAUGGGGUGUGAUCUGGGCUGCUGCUUGAUCCCUUGCCUCAUCAACGACUUCAAGGAUGUGACGCACACAUGCCCCAGUUGCAAAGCCUACAUCUACACGUACAAGCGCCUGUGCUAACGGAGCCGGGACUGGACUCCGUGCUCAGGUACUGCAGCAGGAGCAGCUAUGGCACUGGACUGGGACAGGCCAGGGACAAGGAAGGAGCAGCCCCUGGUGGAAGUGCCCUGGUGGACACCUGCCCUGGGCCUGAGCCCACACUGUAUCUCGUGAAUGGUUUGUCUGUGAAUUCGCUCAUGUGGACCGCUGUAUCCUGCUGCCACCCCUCUCCUGGUCUCGCACUGCCACUGCAUGGCCUCCUGUCACUGUGAAUCAUGGCUGGUCUCAGUUUGUAGUUUCUCAUUAAAUUGGCCCUUUCACUCCCCUGCCCGGGGCCUCCGCUC